GGCAGCUCGACCGGCAGACAGCGACGACCGACGGUGGCGACAGCGACGAGGCUGCAUAGACGUCCAGCUGUCGUGUACUAGGCUUUGUGCUUGCACUUCUUGCUUACCCAGGACAUGUCUGUCCUUCCUCUCAGUUCACCUACGUUUCCCCGCAAUGGCAGUCCAAGUCCAGGACCCAUGCGGUCGUCUGGAUCUCUCUCGAACCGCAUUCCAGUCAUAUUCAGACGACUCACGCGCUUUCAACAAAUGGACUUCGAGCUGGCGGCUUGGCAACUUACAUACCUAUGUCUGGCGCCCAAGAGAGUCUAUCGUAAUGUCUAUUUUCAUAAACAGACGAAGAACACAUGGGCGAGAGACGACCCCGCGAUUCUCAUUCUCAUUUCAGGAUGUCUCGCAGUGUCUGCCGUUGCAUGGUCCGUGGUGUACUCGUACUCACCGUUCCAGGCAAUCGAGCUUGCAUUCCUAAUGAUCCUCCGAGACUACCUCUUGGUCGGUGCCAUCAUGGCGACGAUACUGUGGUUGUUCUCCAACAAAGCUCUACUCAGUCCACCAUCGCAUUCUGCCCCAUCGGACUCGGCGGUUGAGUGGGCGUAUGCCUUCGAUGUGCAUACGAACGCGUUCUUCCCACUUUACCUCACGCUAUAUCUCGCGCAGUUGUUCCUGGUGCCGAUUGUGCUGAGAAGCAAUUGGAUAUGCCUGUUCAUCUCCAACACUCUCUACCUCGCUGCUUUUGCACAGUACACCUACGGGGUUUACUUGGGGCUGAACGCUCUGCCAUAUCUUGUUCGCACGGAGAUCCUUCUUGCACCGCUACUUCCGCUGUUCACGGGAUACAUUAUAUCAUUAUUGGGCUUCAACAUUGCAAAGCAUGUUCUACCUAUGUAUUUCGGCUCGUAACAACACGUAUUGUAGCCUUUGCACACUAUUAUUCUGGGAAGCUGUGUCGAUCCGGGUACCUCCUAGGAUGCAGUGCGGUACAGCCCGAUGGAAAGGCAAUACAGAGUAACAAACGGUCUUAAUGACGAGGUCUUAUCGAAUCAGUGGGACAUUGAGGC